GCACUUGGCAUUCUUACACGCCCACAUCGGACAGUCACUCUGGCGGAUUGACACCCCAACUAUUGCACUGUUGACGUGCACCGAGGCUGCAGAGGGGAGGUCUUAGAUGGACUCGAGGCCCCCGUGCCUCCACCUGCAGCCUGGGACAAACCGUGGCCAAGAAGAUGAAGAAGGACACCAAGUCAUCCGUAGCCAUUUUGGCUCAAGGACGACGACGUGGUCGUGGCCGAAAAGAGAGCGGUUGCCGUCGGGUGGGACGCCCCAGAUAUUGUGAAGGCCUCUUGAAGCCACAAGUAGAGGUCCAUGAGGGUGUGGCUUGCAUGCUUGGCCGCCGCAGGUGACACAGCCUUGGGAUUCGACGUGCAGGCGUUCAGGCCGGCGCCCGAGUCUUGGAAGAGGACGCAGUGCGGUGGCCCCAGCGGCAGCGCCGAGGUCCCCACGAAGUGGGGCCUGGAGGUGGGGCCUCGGGCGCAGCCCCUGGGUGCCUACCCCCGGCCCCAGAUGGUCCGCCGUGCCGGAAACGCCCCGGUCUCCGGUCCGCUCGCCGCCCUCCGCGACGCCGGAGACCCGGGCACGUGGGCCAACCUCAACGGCCUGUGGGAGUGGGAGGAGGCUGCGUCCGACGUGCCGCCCUUCGGCCGAGUGCUCGCGGGCUCCAUCCUCGUGCCCUUCCCGGCAGAGUCGUGCCUCAGCGGGGUGGCGCCGCAGAGGAGCGCCGACAUCGUGGAGCGGAUGUGGUACCGGCUCACCUUCGACUCGAGCCACGUAGUGAAGGACGGGUUCCGGACAUUGUUGCACUUCGGUGCGGUGGACUGGCAAGCCAGCAUAUUCCUCAACGGUGUUAUGCUCGGCAAUCAUACGGGUGCAUACGACGGCUUCUCAUUCGACAUCACAGACUCGGCCAGCAAACAUGGCAAUGAACUUAUUGUUUAUGUAUUCGACCCUAGUGAUCGCGGCGCUCAGCCGAAUGGCAAGCAAAAGAAUUCUGCAAUUGACAAGCCAGGGGGAGACCAAUACACGCCGAGCUCGGGCAUUUGGCAGACUGUGUGGUUGGAGAGCGUACCAAUGUACUACAUCAUGGACUUGAAGAUCAACCAGGCGUCACUGCACAGUGUCAGUAUCGAGACUGCCGUUAACGACAUUGGCUAUGGCGCUGGCGAGAUUGAUGUGGACGUCCUCGAGGAGGGUUCCGUCGUCGCCUCAGGACGAGGCACUGUUGGAAAGGCGAUCAUAGUUGAAGUGCCGUCUCCAGCGUUGUGGUCUCCCGAGCAUCCCAAGCUUUAUGACUUGAAGGUACGCUCUACCGUCCAGGCCCCUCAGAUUGUUGUGGAUACUGUGAUUUCUUACUUCGGACUGCGCACAGUUUCAAUUGGUCCACAGCCUGGUGCAAUUCAUACGUCCAUCCGACCACUGCUGAAUAACAGGUUCACUUUCUUUGCUGGUUUUUUGGACCAGUCAUGGUGGCCAGAUGGGCAGUACACUGCACCCACCGAUGAGGCAUUGGCAUACGAUUUGGAGGCGACAAAGAUGUUCGGAAUGAAUCUGAUACGCUUGCACCAGAAGGUAAACCCCGAGAGGUGGUAUUACCAUGCUGACAGACUUGGUCUGGCAAUAUUUCAAGAUAUGCCACAAAAGUAUGGAGGUGCAGUCAAUGACACUAUCCCACUUUUCGUGGAAGAUAUGAAGAGUAUGAUAUUAGGACGCGGGAACCACCCUUGCAUCAUUCAGUGGACGACAUUCAAUGAGGGAGACUGUGUUGGGGUGUUCAAGACCCCUCCCAAUGAUGUGAAGUCAAUUACGCAACUUGUAAAGCGGUUGGACUCUACACGUUUGGUGGAUACAGAUUCAGGUGGUACUUUGAACAACUUGCACAUCGCUGAUGUGAACGACAUUCACUCAUACCCUUUUCCUGGCGACCCAAUGCCUUCUGCAUCUCAGUACGCAAUGGUUGGUGAGUUUGGGGGCACCAGCGUCGCUGCUGUCAUCCAAGGCAAAGAGUGGGUGCCUGGCCUGUGCCAAGCGGGCCGCCAUGCAGCAAACAGUUCCGAUGAGGCUACGAAGUACAUCCAAAUGGCUUCGUCGUUGCAAUCACGUGCAGACCACAUCAGCGCGUCUGUCUUCACUCAGAUCACGGAUGUUGAGCUCGAAUGCGAUGGCUUCUUGAAUUACGACCGUUCGAACAAGUUCAGCGUCGCCGAGACCAAAGCCAUUCACGACGCGAACCAGGCCUUGGUCGGUGCUUCUGGUGGUGGAGUGUCAGACAAGCAAUUGCGCCUGCAGCAAGCUGCACCAGGGGCCAUUGUUCUUGUUUGAGCACAGCCGGCAAUGCUAUCCAAAAGCAGCGCUGGCACCCAUCUUACAGCAUUUGCACUCGCCGUCGCAUGAUACUGCGGGUAGUGUCAGGAACACGCUUUCUCAGUACGAGUAUUUGCAUAUCUCGGACGACAACAUGUGAGGUAAUGGGCUACGGCGCAAGAAAGAAACAGCAAGAAGAACAACACCAAUUCGUAACAAUCCCUUUCAAAUAGACGUCAGUGCCUUGCCCACCCAGUUGCGCACGCCAGCCGCAGCACUGCAAGAUGCGUGGUUGUGCUGCCCGCGAUGAAUGGUGUCAUAAUUUUUCGCCGACAAGGAGAACGACAUAACACACUAUUGAGAAACCACAUCUGUGCACUGUCACCUCCGAGCGUACGCCAACUUCAGCACUGCACGAUGUGUGGUUGUUGUGUCCGCGAUUGGCGGUGCCAGAACCUCAUCGCCAAGAAUAGCAAGCACUAUUAUUGAUGAGUGCUGCCUUGCCGUGCUGCAUCCACGGCUUUGCCCCUCCUCUCGCCACCGUGCUGGCAGCACUGCAGCACGGACUCCUCAAGAAAACUUUGGAGGGUAGGUGCUAGACUCGAGGGCGUCGAAGUGCUUGUCGAGCCGCUGCUGUCUUGAGAUGGGGGCGGGGA